AUGAAUUAAGACACAACUAAUGUGAUUUUGGUAGUGAUUACAAACAAAGCAAAUAAGACUUUGGGACACGAUAAAUACUAUAAAGUAUUCAGUCAAUUUGGUACAAUCUAAAGAGUAAAUAUAUUAAUCAUUCUAAUAAUUUAGAUGUUAAUUUUUGAAAGAUCAUUAACAUGGAAGACAUUUGUUGAAUAUGAAUUUCCUGAAUCUGCAAACAAAGCUAGAUAGAUCAUGAAUGAUAAAUUAUUUUGUGAUGAUCCCCAAUUACCCAUGAAUGUAUAUGCAAGCAAACUUACAUAUAUUACAUUCUAAGAAAACAACACUGGUGGUGUUGGUAUUAUCUUUAAUUUAACAUAGAUUAUACAUAAUUAAGGAAAUCAUAGUAGCCAGCAUCUUAAACACCAUAAUAAUAAAUGCCAAUCUAGUUGUUGUAAUCAUAAAUGCAAUUUUAACAUUAAAUGUCUUAAUAAAUUUAACAAAUUAAUUCACUUAUGGGAUAAUUAUAAUUAGUAAGUGCUGAAGGAUUUUCUAUUCCAACAGUUUCAUCUAUUGAUCUUUAAUCUCAAAUUGAAAAAUAGUAGUAAUUACUUAAUUAGAUUUAUGAAUACUAAACCAAUUUCUAACAUUUAACUGAUCAAUACUAAAAUUUUCUAUAAGGAGUCAAUAAAUCUGAUGAUCCUUAAUCUAUAAAUACUUAAUCAAAAUAAUCAAAUAGAAAAAAAUUAACAUUGCCAGCAGAACAAUAAAACAAAAAUGAUCAAAUAGAAUUUUUAUAAAGCUAUUAAGAUAAUAAUAAUAUAGAAACUCAUGAGAAUUGUUAAGAUGAUGAUUUAAAAUUUCAAGAUUUAGGUUUAAAAGAAUCUGAUGAAGAAAUAGUUGGUUCUGAAGAAUGUGAUGAUGAUGAUGAUGAUGAUGAUGAUUAACAUAAUGAAUUUCUAUAAUAUUUUGAAUCUACUUCAGAAAAUAAGAAUUAAUUAACUAAUUUUCACUAAAUUUUAGAUAAACCAUAACAAAAUUAAUUUAUUUAAUAAAUUUCAUAACCAUUAUCUUAACCAAUUUAAAGAUAAGAUUAGGAUCAAUUCAAAAAUAAAAUGAUAAGAAUGCCAGUUUCUAAAAGUAUGACCUUACAAUAAGUAGAAAAAUUAUAAUUUGAAAAAAUGUAAUCAAGUGCUGAUAAUUUAGAUGAUAAUUCUAAAUAACUUUUAUGUAUUAUUUUUAUAUUAAAUCAAUUAGAAACAAAAAAAUCAAAGGUUAUUUAUGCUAGAUGGUUUGAUAAAAAAGUUGUUACUUCCCAAAUGUUAUACAAUUUAUUUAGUAUCUAUGGUAAUAUAGAUAAAAUGAUCUAUUUAAAAGAAAGAUCAAGUGCUUUAAUUCAAUAUAUGACAUAUGAUUAUGCAGCCAUUGCCAAAGAAUCUCUUAAUGAUAUCAUGUUCUAUGGACAAUCAAUCAAAGUAUAAUAAAAUAUUUAAAAAAGAUAUUUUUUUCGAAUUAUGAUGAAAUAUCAUUAAAAACUUAACCUAGUAAACCAGGUGAGUAUACUUAAGAUCUUAAAGCUUAAGAGGAAUACUUUUAAGGAGGAGAAGAAACUCAUAGAAUUAAACCUGACAGUACUUAUACUUUAGCACCACCAUGUGACACUAUUUAAGUGUCUAACUUAACAAAGAAUUCUUGUUAAUUAAAUUUACUUUAAUAGUAUUUAUAAGAAUAUGGAAUAAUCAAAUAAUUCAAAAUCAUCACUAAUGCAAUGAAAUACAUGGCUAUUCUCAAAUUUGCAACCACUGAAAUUGCUUUAACAGUUUUAGUUAAAAAUAAUGGACUAGAAUUAGAUGGUAAACCUAUCUAAAUAAAUUUCUCAAAAUAAAAACUAAUCUGA